AUGGUGUUCGGCCGCACGCCGUUCAAGGGCAAGAACUGCAAGGAGACGUUCUGGAAUGUGCUGCACAGGGAGGUCGAGUUCCCGGGCGACACCCAGCGCCGGAUGCCGGAGCUGACCGACCUCAUCUCGCAGCUGCUGCAGCGGGAUCCCGCGAGGCGGCUCGGGUACGCCGGCGGCACUGACAAGAUCCGGGUGCAGCCGUUCUACGCCGGGAUGGCAUGGGACAUGCUCGCGGAUGUGACCCACCCGCCCUACAUCCCGCCGCCAGCGGAGGACAACGCAGCCGACGGCGAGGGCUUCGACGUGAGGGACUACUUCAAGAAGCUCCACCAGUCGCCGGCACCGCCGCCUCCAGAGUCGGGCUCGUCGUCCUCGUCGUCGUCGGACUUCUCGUCGGUGUUCUGA